GUGGGGAGUGGAGCGGGGCCGGGAGCUGGGUAAACCCGAGCAGCUUUGGCGGGUCUGGGUUGGGUAGCGUGCGCGUGUCCUGCCUAGCAUGGAGGGUUUCCCGUCCCCCCUGGAGUCUGCCAAGUUCAUCGCCGACCACAGCAAAGAUGUCUCCGUGGACGAGGAGGGGGUGCGGCGGGUGGCGGAGAACCUGUUUGACAAAGCCUCGGCCGUGGAGUUCGGGCUGCCGGGGUGGAAGAGUCUCCACGAGCUGAACCCCCGGGCCGCCGACAAGGAGGCGGUGGACUGGGUGUUCUUGGUAGACACUCUCAACUUCUCCUUCUGGUCCGAGCAAGAGGAGCAGAAGUACCUGGUGAAGUACAGGGAUAAAAUCUACAGCGGCUACUGGUCCCUCUGCGCCGCCGUCAACAGGGCCCUGGACGAGGGAAUACCUAUCACCAGUGCAUCAUAUUUUGCCACCAUGACGCUCGAACAACUGAGGCAUGUAUUUCGCUCUGACACAGAAGUGCCUAUACCUUUGAUUGAAGAAAGACAUCGGGUGCUGAACGAAAGUGGAAUAGUUCUGUUAGAAAAGUUUGGAGGAUCUUUCCUUACCUGUGUUAAAAUGAGUGAGAAGAGUGCUCAGAAACUACUACAUCUUGUACUGGAAAAUUUUCCUUCUUACAGAGAUGAAGCUGUAUUUGAGAAAAAGAAGGUGUCUUUCUACAAACGAGCACAAAUACUUGUGGCUGAUACAUGGAGUGUAUUAGAAGGCAAAGGAGAUGGCUUUUUUGAUGAUAUUUCUAGUCUAACGAUAUUUGCAGACUACAGAAUUCCUCAAGUUCUUGUUCACUUAAAAGCAAUGAAGUAUUCUGAAGAAUUAAUGAAGAAACUACGUGAAGGAACAAUUUUCCAAUCUGGAGACAAAGAGGAAGUAGAGAUCCGUGGCUGUUCUAUUUGGUGUUGUGCGUUGAUUUGCAAGCACCUGCAGGAGCUCUAUCAGAAGAAGGGUCAGGACAUGCGUGAAAAGAUCAAUGCAGUUUUACUCGAUUAUUAUCUUUGGGACUAUGCCAGGGAUCACAGGGAAGACAUGAAAGAUAUUCCGUUUCACCGAGUUCGGUGUAUAUAUUACUAAAUUCAGUCUGAUAGCUGUUGUAUUGUUGCAUUAUCUUUUGAACUGCAGCUUUGCUUUUCAUACAGUGGUUUGUCAUGCACUAAUUUGGAGCUGGUUAAAUCAAAUGUUUGUUUUCUGGUGAUGUAUUAACAACUUGCUUUUUUUUCCCCUUCCUUUCUUUUUUUUUCCCUUUCCUCUUAAUCUUUUGCUUGUCCUGACUGGAAUUAACAGUGUAAACUUUGCCAGACAGCCCAUGUUAAUGCAGGGUUUAUUAGUCCUCCUUCAAGCUCUGUAUCUGUGUAUGUACCUGCCCAUGUGUGCAUAUCUCACGGUCCACCUCGCCUCCCCAUGGCUGGCGCCUAAUGCUGGUCCAUCCCCUCUCACACCGGUGCGGAGGUAGCAGGUGCUCGGCACACGUUCAGAGGUGAGAGCGGAACUGGUCCAUUCAUCCAGUAAACACUGCGGUGACACGUGGCA